AUGGCCAACGCUCUGGACCACCUCAACUCUGGCCGUACCAGAAUCGAAUGGCUGUCACAACUGAACACUGAGUACCGUCCGCAGAAGAACUACCGUCGGACUUCUAUCAUUGGCACCAUUGGUCCCAAGACGAAUUCGGCGGAGAAGAUCAAUGCUCUCAGGAAAGCCGGUCUCAAUGUCGUUCGCAUGAACUUCUCCCAUGGUUCGUACGAGUACCACCAGUCUGUCAUCGACAACGCGCGCGCCGCAGAGAAGUCCCAGCCGGGCAGGCCUCUUGCUAUUGCUUUGGAUACCAAAGGACCCGAGAUCCGAACCGGAAAUACUGUCGGGGAUGCAGACAUUCCGAUCAGUGGCGGUGAUGAGAUAAUAAUCACCACCGACGAGAAGUAUGCCACAGCCAGUGACAACAAGAACAUGUACGUCGACUACAAGAAUAUUACCAAGGUGAUUGAAAAGGGCCGGGUGAUAUACGUCGACGACGGUGUUCUGUCCUUUGUUGUGGAGGAGAUUAUUGACGAGAAGAACCUCAAGUGCAAGUGCUUGAACAAUGGCAAGAUCUCCUCCAGGAAGGGUGUCAAUCUGCCAAUGACCAAUGUCGACCUUCCCGCUCUCUCAGAGAAAGACAAGGGCGAUUUAAGAUUUGGUGUCAAGAACAAGGUCGACAUGGUCUUCGCAUCCUUCAUCCGCCGCGCCAGCGACAUCACUGCCAUUCGCGAGGUCCUCGGACAGGAGGGCAAGGAUAUCCAAAUCAUUGCCAAGAUUGAGAACCAACAGGGUGUGAACAACUUCGACGAGAUCCUGAAGGUGACGGACGGUGUCAUGGUCGCCCGUGGCGAUCUUGGUAUCGAGAUUCCGCCUUCCCAAGUCUUUAUCGCACAAAAGAUGAUGAUCACCAAGUGCAACAUCGCCGGAAAGCCUGCUAUCUGCGCUACCCAGAUGCUUGAAUCCAUGACCUACAACCCCCGUCCUACUCGUGCUGAAGUUAGCGAUGUUGGUAACGCCGUCCUCGAUGGUGCCGACUGUGUCAUGUUGUCCGGUGAGACGGCCAAGGGCAACUACCCGGUUGAAGCUGUCACUCUGAUGCACGAUACUUGCUUGUUGGCUGAGGUUGCCAUUCCUUAUGUUAAUGCAUUUGAUGAGCUGAGAAAGCUUGCACCGGUUCCUUGCCCUACUACUGAGACUUGCUGCAUGACUGCUGUCAGUGCUAGUCUGGAGCAAAAUGCCGGUGCUAUCAUCACCCUUACUACCUCGGGCAACACUGCUCGUCUCCUAGCCAAGUACCGCCCGGUUUGCCCAAUUAUCAUGGUCACUCGCAAUGCCACUGCAUCCCGCUACUCCCACUUGUACCGCGGUGUCUAUCCCUUCCACUUCAACGAAGAGAAGCCCGACUUCAAGAACGUUCCGUGGCAGGAGGACGUCGAUCGCCGCCUGAAAUGGGGCAUCCAGAACGCAAUCAAGCUCGGCAUUCUCAGCAAAGGAGACAUCGUCGUCGCUGUCCAGGGCUGGAGGGGCGGUAUGGGCCACACCAACACCAUCCGCAUGGUACCUGCAGAGGAGGAUCUUGGAUUGAACCAGGACGCAUAA